ACUCCAUCGCCGCUUAUUCAUCAUAGAUGUUACAAUAGCACGGGCGAUUCCCCACUAGUAUAUUAAAAAUUGGUUAUCCACAUAUGCAAAAAAUGGUAAACCUAUAACUUGUUGACUUUCUUUUGUGAAAGUAAAAAAUCCCAAUUCACAUUUUCUGCAUAGAGAGCCACAUAAAUCAAUCAAUUUUGAGCCAUUUUCAUGUUACACCAAGGAUUAUAAGGCCAGCAGAGACCUUCCUCAAAUUCCAGAAUCACUCUUACUAAACCCUCAUAAACCCAGGACCCAAUUAUUUCCAGUGAAACCCAAAUGGAAAAUGCUCAAUCUUCAGCAAUCUUGCCUACCCUUCCAUCUGAACUCAUCAAUGAGAUCCUCCUAAGGCUUCCCGUAAAAAUCCUCUUGCGAUUCAGGUCUGUUUCAAAAUCUUGGCUUGCUUUAAUAUCUAGCCCUCAAUUUAUCAACACCCAUCUCAGUUUAUCAGCUAAUAACAAGGAUUACGCCCACCACAGGCUUAUCUUGAGUCUUUCUGGACCUAAGGAAAAAAAUCUUAACUUUUGUUCUGUUCGGUCUAUACUUAAUGAGUCUGUCUUAGAACCAUCUGAUUUGGAUUGUCCCCUGAAAGACAAAUUUCAGAUUAUGGGUUCGGUCAAUGGGUUGAUUUGUCUUAGAGUCGGGGUAGAACCAUUUUUUAUAUGGAAUCCAUCUAUAAGGAAGUUCAAGAAAGUUACUGCAGAAGCUGUAGAGAGGUAUGGUCAGAAAGUGUAUGGUUUUGGAUAUGAUAAGCUUCAUGAUGAUUAUAAAAUACUGCGGAUGUAUACUACUACUAGCAAUGAUCUUAAGGUCGAAAUAUAUAGUUUGACGAGUGACUCUUGGAGAACAGUUGAUGAUUUCCCGGCUGGGAGGAGACAAUGUGGUUCGGCUAAGUUGGUCAAUGGGAAGCUUCAUUGGGUUAGCAGUGACAGUAAUCCUUGGUGUAAUGAGGGGUGCAUCAUUUCUUUUGAUUUGGCUGAUGAGAAAUGGGGAAAGUUGGAGAAGCCUUGCUAUAGAAAAGGAGAGUUUUGUAAUAAGCUUGGAGUGUUGGGAAGUGAUCUUUGCAUGUUUCAUGACUAUGAGAAAACUUGCGCGGAUGUGUGGGUUAUGAAGGAAUAUGGGGUCAAAGAGUCUUGGGCAAAAAUAUAUACCAUCAACUUUUCUCAUGAUAUUUCUAAUGUGUGGUUUCCACUUUUUUGCAAGUCACAUAAAGGUGAAUUUUUCCUUGCAUUUCGAUCAACAUUCAUGAUAUACAAUCCAAAGGAUGACUCGAUCAGGUAUUUAGAGGUCGCCAACUCUAGUUACUGUUUUGCUGAGGAUUUCUACAUUGAGAGCCUAGUUUGUCCUUUUGCAAACGACAUUGGGUAAGUGAUCCAAUUUUCGUUUUUUGGUGAUGACUGUUGUUUCUUCGUUAGAUAUUGGUGAUUAGUGCAGAGGAAACUGCAUUUACUAUGAAAACAAGGUAUAAUAGUGGACAUUUUUGGGAAGUCCACUAUGAUAACUAUGAUAACGACUUUGAUCAUGAUUUUUAUUGUGGUGGCUGUAGUUAGUGGUGAUGAUGAUUAUGGUCCAAUUCAUGUUGAUGGUGAUGUAAACUUAGCAGCAAUGAUGGCAAGAUUGACAAGAAUGACCUUGGUAGCAAAUCAUCUGGUGUUCUUUGCAAGGAAUUGAAACUUAGAUAUAAAGGAUCACAUGGUGAUCACACGGGUAUCUUUACCUUAAAAGAUGGUAAACUUGGUUCAUUGUUAUCCUUCCGCGAAUAUGCAGAUAUUUUCUGGCCACCACCACUUGGCUUAAUACAGAGGAUCAGGCAGCUUCUUCAGCCGCGCACAACUGAAUUUUCGCCGCAACUGUUGCCCUUUUUUUUUUUUUUUUAAUAAGCUUUUGCUACUUUGAUAUACUGGCUAAUGAUAGGAAGAUUUAGGAACUUUGUUUCUGAACUCAAUGCCUUUCUUUUAUUCACACCUUUUUAAUUUACUUUUCUGGACUAAUCUAUGUCGUAUUAGUAGUUUUUUUGGUGUUAAGUUGAUUAUCCUUUGGGAAAA